AACAUGGAUAACGAGAUUGAUGUUCCUCCUUUCUUUCUCUGCCCCAUUUCGUUAGAAAUCAUGAAGGAUCCAGUGACAGUUUCCACAGGGAUAACCUACGACAGAGAGAGCAUUGAGAAAUGGCUCUUUUCUGAGAAAAACAAGACAUGUCCUGUCACAAACCUACCUCUUCCUCUGCUCUCAGAUUGCACUGAUCUCACCCCAAAUCACACCCUUCGUAGAUUGAUUCAAGCAUGGUGUACAAUGAACUCUUCUCACGGCAUUCAAAGGAUUCCAACUCCCAAACCUCCAGUCAACAAAAACACCAUAGAAAAACUCCUCAAAGAUGCUUCUGACAAGCCUCAGUUGCAGAUCCAAUGCUUAAGAAGCCUCAAAUCCAUUGCUUCUGAGAGUGAAACAAAUAGACGCUGCAUCGAAUCCUCUGGUGCUGUUCAUUUCUUAGCAUCAUUGGUAAUCAACAACAUCAAAGAAUUAGAGUCUUGCCUAGAUGAUGAUGAUGAUGUGUUUGACUUGAAAACAAGCGCAGGUGAUGAUGCUUUAUGCAUCCUCCAUAGUCUAAAUUUAUCAGAAACUGGGUUGAAGACCCUUUUAGGCUUCAAAGAUGGAGAAUUCAUGAACUCCUUAACAAGGGUCAUGCAAAGGGGAAUCUAUGACUCACAAGCUUAUGCAGUUUUAUUGAUGAAAUCUAUGUCUGAAGUGGCUAAUUCUGUUGACAUAGUUAAUCUAAGAAAUGAGUUGUUCAUUGCAUUAGUACAUGUCCUUAAAGACCAGAUUUCCCAUAAGGCAUCAAAAGCUACACUACAAACACUGAUUCAACUCAGUCCUUGGGGGAGAAACAGGAUCAAAGCAGUGGAAGCAGGAGCAAUUCCAGUUUUGAUUGAACUUCUUCUUGAUUGUAAGGAAAGAAAGCCUUGUGAGAUGAUGCUAGUGCUCUUGGAGACUUUGUGCCAGUGUGCAGAUGGAAGAGCUGAACUUUUGAGCCAUGGUGCAGGGUUAGCCAUUGUGUCAAAGAAGAUUCUGAGGGUUUCUACAAUGGCAAAUGAUAGGGCUGUGAAGAUUCUAUUGUCCAUAUCAAGGUUCUCUGCAACACCAAGUGUUGUUCAAGAAAUGCUGCAACUUGGUGUGGUGGCAAAACUUUGUUUGGUCCUUCAAGUUGAUAGUGGAAGCAAGGCCAAGGAGAAAGCAAGAGAGAUUCUCAAAUUGCAUGCUCGGUCUUGGAGGAAUUCUCCUUGCAUACCAAGCAAUUUGCUUGCUUCAUACCCAACAAUUUCUGCUACCGCUGCCAAUUAUGUUGCUCAAAUGAAUAUGCUUCCAAUGCUUAAUGAGGCAAAUUUCAAGCUGUGGAAAGAGAAUGUGGAAAUUGUUCUCAACUGCAUGGAUCUCGACAAUGCACUAAGGACUGAGAAACCCACUUCCACUCAGGAAAAUCCAAACCCGGAUAAAAUUGAGAAGUGGGAACGCUCAAAUCGCAUGUGUCUGAUGAUCAUUAAACGUUCCGUUCUGGAGGUGUUUAGGGGCUCGAUUGUUGAGACUACUGAUGCCAAGUUGUUUCUAAAGGAACUCGAGCAAUACUUUGCUCAAAAUGAAAAGGCUGAAAUUGGUCAAACCUUGUCCAAACUCAUAAACAUGAGGCGCUCUCAAUUUAUUGAUCUCUGUAACACUACUCCUGAUAAUUCUGCAUUUUUCCGGCUUAUGCUGAACCGCGAGGUAGUAGUGGAUUUUAUCUUGCUCUUUGAUUCUUUCUUCCGUGUGGUGAUUCAUCAUGGGUCCAAAAUUGAUCAGUGGAGGAAGCUUGGUUAUGAUAAGGACCCAAAUCAUGAGAACUUUAGAAAGCUGCUGGGAGCCCCAGAAUUGGAUGCAGAGCAAUUGGUGGCUGAACGGGUUCCAGUGCCAAACCUUCUGACGCUACUUGCGGGAAGGUGA